UAUCUCCUUAUGGUUCUAUGGUCUUUUCGGGGCCAUCACGACCGACAGGCACCGCUCAAUCAAAAUUUCACCGUACUAUAUGCACACUACAUCAACAAAGGUAGGUCAAUAAAGGUAGGCUGCUAUCACAGUGUUCGCUUCCUCGCUCUCAUACCUGUUCACCGAAUUGUUCGUGAUUGAAGGUAAUCAUCUACACCUGAAUAAGGCCUGCCAGCUACUACAGAAUCAGUCAAAGUCGAUGGUCUCUACCCAACUUCAGCCCGCGAUGUCCAUCUCAGAAACCUCUGCAGAGGGUUCCAACAGGGAACCCAAGAAUCAUCAAGAUAUCCCGUCAACUCCUCAGAAACCCAAUGGAUCGCCUGCAGAUGAAGAAGACGAAUACCCUUCUAAAUCAAGAGUCCUUGUGACCGUUUUUGCAAUGAUGUUAACGUCAUUUUGCGUCGCACUGGAUCGCACCAUCAUCGCAACAGCAAUACCCGUCAUCACCAACCACUUCAACUCCCUCGGCGAUGUGGGCUGGUACGCGUCGGCCUACCUCCUGACCAUGGCUCCCCUGAUGCUCAUCAUGGGCCGAAUAUACAAAUUCUACAACCCGAAGUGGGUCUACAUGGUCUGCAUCGGCAUCUUCGAGAUUGGCUCCCUGGUGUGCGGCGUCGCUCCGAACUCGACUGCCCUCAUCAUCGGGCGCGCCAUUGCGGGCAUGGGGUCCGCGGGGAUCAUGUCCGGGGCCAUCGUCAUCGUGGUCUACAUCAUACCCCUGCAAAAGAGGCCCGCGUACACGGGCAUGUUUGGGAUGGUCUUCGCGGUCGCCUCGGUCGCGGGCCCCCUCCUGGGCGGCGUCUUCACCGACAAGGUCUCCUGGCGGUGGUGCUUCUACAUCAACCUGCCCCUCGGCGGCGUCACGAUGGCCAUCCUCGCACUGACCCUGAAGGUCCGAAACGAUUCAACCAAGGCGCCGUUGAAGGAACAAAUCCACCAGCUCGACCCGCUGGGCACGCUGUUCAUCCUCCCGGCCGUCAUCUGCCUCCUUCUGGCUCUGCAGUGGGGCGGGACGACGUACUCGUGGUCCAACGCCCGCAUCGUCGUCCUCCUGGUCCUCUUUGGUGUCCUUUCCAUUGUCUUUGUCUACAUCCAGCACUGGCGCCAGGAGCUCGCGACCAUCCCCCCGCGCUUGAUGAAGCAUCGCGCCAUCGUCGCGGGGACGUGCUAUUCCUUCUUCAGCGGCGCCGAGAUGAUGGCGCUGGUCUACUUCUUGCCCAUCUGGUUCCAGGCCAUCAAGGGCGCCUCGGCCGUGCACUCGGGCAUUAUGAACAUCCCCGCCGUGCUGGGCAUAUCCAUCUCCAGCAUGUUCGCGGGCUUCUCGACCAGGAAAUUCGGCUACUUCACUCACUUUUUGUACAUCUCGUGCGUCAUGACCACGGUCGGCGCAGGACUCAUCUCCACCUUCACCACCUCGACGGCCCACCCCAAAUGGAUCGGGUACCAGGUCCUCUGGGGUCUGGGUCUCGGGUUUGGCAUGCAGCAACCCAGCGUGGCCGCGCAGACCAUCCUGUCGCGCAAGGACGUCUCGACCGGCGUGAGCAUGAUGUUCUUCUCGCAGACCCUGGGUGGCGCCAUCUUCGUCAGCGUCGCCAACAACGUGUUCGACAACAAGCUCGCCUCCGGCCUGAGGGGGGUCCCGGGCAUCGACGCAAACUUUGUCACCCACAUCGGCGCCACCGACUUGAGGCGCGUCGUCGCCCCGCAGUACCUCCACGCCGUCCUCGUCGUGUACAACCAGGCACUGCGGAACGCGUUCUACGUCUGUGUCGCCCUCGCGGCAGCCACCAUCCUCGGCUGCGUCCCCAUGCCCUGGCUGAGUCUGAAAAAGGCGGCGGAGAAGCAAAAGGCAGAGGCACAAGCCGCAAAGGCGGAAAAGGAAGAGGCUGCCGCCGCGACGGACGCACAAAAGAAUGACGGCGAUGCGAGCAGCGUGCCGGGCAGUUCAGGCGAGGCGAAUCAGCAUCACGCCGAAGAAGAAAAGAAAUUGGCGAGAGUGUAGAAGAAAAGAUAGGCCCAGUCCAUCAUUGCAUCCUGCGCUGGUACAGUGGGAGAUCAUGAUUGACAUCCAUGCCCUGCUGGUAGAUUGUACAAUUUCAGGGGCUGGACAUUUGAGUGAUAAUGAAAACGGCGAUAACAAGAUCACAUAUUCCAUUCUGGAUUAAGAAAAAAUGAAU